AUGGCAGAACUGCGUGCAUCGUACGCUAGUGUAACAGCUCGCACAUCAAGCCUUCACGAUGCCUGCGACCGAGCGUUAGCGUACCAAACAGCACUGGCAGCAGGGGCCGAGCAGAUUCGUACAAAUUUGCAUUUUUUCAAGCAGGCCGAUAUCAUUAUGAAGAAGCUGAACAAUACAACAAAAAUUUCCGUAACUGGUCAAAUGUUCACUGGUAUUCUUGCCACGAUUGACGAAUGCCUGACAUUUCUCCGUCAGCAUCCAGAGUACAAGGAAUCCGCUGCCUACAUCGUAAAAUACGAGCAGUGUCUCAGCAGGGCUAUGACAUGGAUCCGUGUCGGAGUGAUGGCGGAUAUCGAAGCUUCCGUAAAUGAUGUCAGGGAUCGGCAGUCGCAAUUACAGGUAGACUACGCCAAGUUAGGUCGAGGAGGGGCUGACGAUGAUACAUUCGCCUUACUAUAUGGCGUGUUCGCUACCCGGGCGAAUUCGGUGAAGGCUGCGCUCUCAGUUGCUGAGCAAAGAUUCGCACAGGUUCCGGAGCUCCAAGCGAUGUUGGCUGAAUGUCAACAGGCAUAUUUCAAUACUAGGCAGCAGCUUUUGACGCCAAUCAUUCAGGCUACUCUUGCUCAUAUUACAUAUGCUGAUUCGUCAUGUGCCUUGACAAGGAACAGUUGCGCAUUCAUUUUGGGUCUAUGCGAUGAUGAGUUUCGACUUUAUCGUCAGUUCUUCUCAACGGGACAGGUGUCGGACGGUCCUCCAUCGCGUUUCAGUCGACGGCACAGCCCUACCCCUUCGGUGGCAUCAGCUCGUACGCAACAUUCCGAUACUCCACAUCCAUUUGAAGAGUUUAUAGAGGCCAUUUGCCGAUUGCUGUAUGAUAUGUUGCGCCCAAUUGUGAUUCACAAUCCUCAUUUGGAGACAUUGGCCGAGUUGUGCUCUAUUCUUAAAGUUGAAAUGAUUGAAGAAAGGUGUUCCGUACUUCCACUGAUUGUCGCUGAAGAAUGCAUCUCGUUUGAUCCACGAGCGGGUUUUGUGCAUGUCAUUGGUGAACUUGUUGGGGAUGUCGAGGAAAGGAUUAUUCACAGGGCUGCUUUGUAUGGUCAGACUGAUAUUGCUGGCUACAAGCCAGCUGCAGGGGAUUUGGCCUAUCCAGAGAAGUUAGAAAUGAUGAAAAGUAUUGAGUUAGCCAAUAAGAAGGAAGAAGAUGAAAAGGCUGAGAAGGAAGAGGCGGAUGGUGGCGGCAACGUGGCAAGGACUCGUCAAUCAGUGCGACCAGUCGCUGGCACAAUUAUCCGCCGUGGAUCUUCACUGCCUUUGGUAUCCAACUGUACGGCGAACCGUGAUGUGCCUUGCAAAAUUGUACAGAUGUCUCGAUGUAUAGCCGUUUUUCAAUCGCUUGCUCGUGAUCUAUUGUCCAUGUGCACUGAGUCGCUAGAAGCAGCUGCUCUACACAUUGCUGCAUCACCAUCGAAAAAGACUGGUCAUACGAAGAAGUUGGACGGCGAGUUGUUCUUGGUAAAGCAUCUGCUCAUUCUCAGGGAGCAGACUGCUCCCUAUAGACAGGCUGCGCACAGAGCUGAUGCCACAUUACCCACUCUCGAUUGCUCCAUAGAUUUUGCUCGAAUGAAAAACACAUUCUUUGAUGAUAAAAGCCGAUGGUUUGAACUGAGUUCGAACAACGCCUUCCUUGAGUUGCUUUUCUCGUUUAAAGAGUAUACAAAUAUUCAGCCACCACCAAUUCAGAAAGUUCCUUUAAAAGGGGAUCACCCCGUACCCAUCCAUAUUUCUGAGCAGAGUAGUGAUACACGCCGCGUGAUUGAUUCGCAGCUACGUACCCGAUGCAACCAGUUGAUUGCUACAAGCGCGGAGUUCAUCCUGUUGAAACCCGACUUCGAUUUAAAGAAGCAUCCAGAUCUUGCACCUUCGAAGCUCAAUGAUUUAUCGAAAGUUGCUGUAAAGGCGCUUUCGCAUGCAUGGCCUGAGCUAUGUGCCACGUACUCUCUGUACAUUGGUGUGGCCGAGACCGAGGCCAUCCUUCUUUCACCAGUCCGCAAACGAAUCGCAGAUACAUUUGCAAGAGCCCUAGCAUUUGCAACGAGGGCUUACGAUGAAGAAGGAAGGACUAUUGCGGCGGUUCCUACAGUACAGCAUGUGUACUUGUUGUUAAAUAAGGAGUAA